AUGUCCGAUGGCUGCGCCUGGCAGGCGGUGGCAAAGAAUGGCGCUCAGAAGGAUCAUGGACUCGCAAGGCCGAGGAUCGGACCAGCGCAGCGCUGGAAGGGUGAGGUGGGAAAUUUUGGGAGGUUGCUGGCGGAGGAGCAGUUGAGUUUUAGCAUGUUGCAGAGAACUGCAGCAAAGCUAGAAAUGAGUGGAAAAGAGGAUGAAGCUGUGGAGAUGCUGCAAAAGGCUUUGAAGGAAGCAGAGAAAGACGGCAAGCCGCACGAAGCCUAUGAACUUGAAAUGUUACUGGUGGAGAUGCUAAUCUACAAGGGAAACUACCAAGAUGCAUUGAAAUGUAAAUGCUUGAAUGAUAAAGAGAUAUCAGAUGCUCGGGGUCCUCUGUAUCAGGCAGUUGUACACUUGAUUGAAGGCAAUAGAGACCGCUCCACAGAAUUGUACAAGGAGUUUCAAGACAUCAGAAGCCGAUUGCAUUGGCCUGAUAACGUCCAAGAGGGGUCACCACUAUAUGAUGCCGUUCAUGACUUCCAAGUUUUUGAGAAGAUUGUGAACAACUUAAAGAAGGAGAUUGAGCAUGCCCACAAUGCAAAACAAGCUAACAAGUCUAGUUGAAAACUUAUGGAAUGAUAUAUAUAUAUAUAUAUAUAUAUCAAAAGAAAUUCCAUGUAUGUGCAUUGUUUGUUUCUGGUCCACAUUAUUUUUCUCAAAUCAGUUUUAUUUUGUCAGCUACUUGUGCAUGACUAAUUAUUGCAAAUGAAGUUUUUCUUACUA